AUGGAAGACAGCUCUGAAAAUUCUCUUGUAAAUUCUCUUCAAGAGCAGCUUAAAAUUGAACGCCAAAAAAAUGUCGAACUGCUUGCAAAGAUUGAAGAUUCUGAACAGCAAACAGCACAUUUAAAAGCGAAGAUAGAAGAGUUAAGCAUGGAAAAGCAAUUACUUCAAAAUUAUAUGACUCAUUCUCAAACCAAAAUAACUCAACUUCAAGAGUGCUUAGAAAAGGCUGGUGGAGAAAUAAGUCGUUUGAAGUCGGAACUAAGCUCCAAAUAA